AGGUCCCCCAGGUUGUAGGGGGGCUGGUAUAAAUUCCCAAGUUUUCUCCAUUGUAUUCAUUAAUUUGCCAGAAUCAGCAGAAUAAUGGCUUCCAACUUUGUACUUCUUCUAUUCCCAAGCACGCAUUUCUAGGACCACGAGUGCAAGCAUAUUCAUCAUCCAUCUAGAUCAGUAAGAAAGCUUGCAGAUCAGCUGGUAAAGGAGAUAUUUUUAGAUGAUUUCAGAGCCCUAGAAGGUCUCGCAUCAUUUCUCAAAACCGGCGAAGGGCAAAUCUGAUUGAAAAUUGUCUGUACUUGAAUAAAAUUUAAAUAGAAUAUAAUCUGAAGAUUAAAACUGAAGUAGCUUAAAGGAUAAAAGUAGUAUAAAUUCAGAACUAGUCCUAAUCCGCGUCAUUGUUUGAAGAAAAUUCCCGAUAUCGAUAAUGUUUCGACACGGAUUUUGUGUUGUAGCUUCGGUGUUGUUGAUUACCUUCGUGUUCAGCACCAAGGCAAGCCCUUUGAGUAUUUCUGCGGGCAGUAGCAGUGUUCCUCUGCCAAUUCAUCCUCAGCUAAAUGAUUCUGACCUAAGUACUGAAACGAGUUCUUUUUAUCCGAGUUCUACUGAUUCAGAUUCUUCAGAAUCCAGUACUACAUACCCAAGUUCCUCUUCCCCAAGUUCUCCAACAGCAAGUUCUACAUACCUUGACAACACCAGUUCUGAUCUGUCGAGUUCUACUGACUACUCUACUUCUAGUACGCCUGUGACUGAUGAUCCUACCACAUCCAGUUCCAGGCCAGCUUAUACUCCUUUUUCAGUGUCGGUUGUAAGUAAGAAUGUCCCCAGCGAUCUCUACACCUACACAGCUGUUGGCAUUCUUCAGCUUUGCCUUGAAGAGGAAAGCAGUUUUAAUCAAGCUUUGGUCAACUUUCAGCAAUUGUUCCAAAACAAAUAUUUGACCGAAACUUGGAAACUGGCUACUGGCUGCAGUCUAAUGAUCCUGCCAAAUAAUGUUACCUACAUUAAGUUGUUCGAGCAGUAUACUCAGACGCAAAUAAUGAUUUUUGUUUAAUUAUUGAACGAUCACAGACGCUAACAAGGAAUUUUUACUGUACAUUUUUUGCAAAUAAAUUUUUUCUACAUGGCAAGUUUCAACAAUGAAUUAUACGACUCAAAAAUCACACGUUUUGUGUUUGUUGAACUGGUGGAAUAAACAUUAGAAAAUGG